AUGGGUAAAAAGGAUAGUAAGAGUAAGAGUGCUGAUGAUUCAGUCAUUGUUGAACAAGAUAAUUAUGAAAAAAGAAUGUCUGCUAUUUUACCAUUUGCAAAACCAUUGGCUUCAAAAAAAUUAAAUAAAAAAAUUUUAAAAACUGUUAAAAAAGCAUCAAAAGCAAAACAUGUUAAACGAGGUGUAAAGGAAGUUGUUAAAGCAUUAAGAAAAGGUGAAAAGGGGUUAGUGAUUAUGGCUGGUGAUAUUUCACCUCCGGAUGUUAUAUCUCAUAUACCUGUAUUAUGUGAAGAUUCAAGUGUUUCUUUUAUUUUUAUACCUUCAAAAGAAGAUUUAGGAAGUGCUGGUGCUACUAAAAGACCAACUUCUUGUGUUAUGAUUGUACCAGGUGGUGGUAAAUCUAAAAAAAAUGCUGAUAAAACUGAUGAUUAUAGAGAAGGUUAUGAUGAUAUCGUAAAAGAAAUAGCAGUAAGUGAGUAG